GUCGACUGGAGGCGCGAUGUGGCGGCGCUGAUAAUGAGACUGCCUGCUUGAUUGCCUUCACUGGCGAUGAGCUGCAAAGUGCUUUCCUCAACGAAAACUCCACAGUCGCACAAGUUGCGGAGGUGCUCAUCGAGUCUGACAGUGUUGCCGGCAUCGCCGCCGGCCUCUCCAUCCCGUCCAACUUCACCUUUGUCAGGAAUCAGACCUUCAGGAACAAGGACCCUGAUGUGAAGGCGUUGAAGGCCAUCGCACUGGCUGCUUACAACCGGACGGCAGACUGCGAGGAUGACGAUGGGAUGAAUGCCACAGUGUGUGAUGGAUUGCUAGACAAGCUGGUCGAGGCGAUCGUGUUGGCGGUGCAUCCGCUGAGAGUUGAGCCAGAACGGAACUGCACAAGGACUUUUAGACCCUUCUACAAUGGCACGGCCAUCACCAUCGAAGAGAUUUUAGCUUGCACCGAAGACUCGCCGCCUAUGCUCAUGGUGGAUUCCGAUGAGUUGAGGGCCGUACUUUCAAAUAGGACCUUAAUGAGAGCGGUUAGGCGGAGAGAUGCAAGACUGGACACCUCCCGCCGCAGGAGCCUGCUGGGCUUCCUGCGUGGCCUGCUCAGCCCCAGGUCCCUCAAGUGUGCCGACUGUGACAACGCGGACAGCUACGUGUGCGCCUACUGCUGGCAGGAGGACGUCUGCAGCGUCUUCUACUGGUGCAUGGACGCCGCCACGCCAUCGCCUCCCCCGAUGUCCCCGGCGCCCGUCUCGCCACUGGCCAGCCCCUCGCCGCCCAGCCCACUGCCGGUGCCGCCCGCCAGCCCACUGCCGGUGCCGCCCGCCAGCCCACCGCCGGUGCCGCCCGCCAGCCCACUGCCACCUGGCCCGCCGGUCGGUGCUGCAUCGGGGUCGGCCCAACCCGCUGCGCCUCGUCCCGUGAAGAAGAGGAAGGAUUUCAGAAGUCGGCAGGAGGCUCAGUGUGAAGGCGCUCCAAACAAGGACGACUGCGAGGCUUUAUUCGUGGGCAAUGAGCUGCAAAAGCGCAUCAACACGCGCAAGGUGGACGUCCGCGGCAUCGCUGAGGUGCUCAUCCAGUCGGAGAGCGCUCGGGGCAUAGCCGUGGGCCUGUCCACGCCCUCCAACUUCACCUACGUGCGGGACGCAAAGGCGCGGAACAGGGACCCCGACGUCAAGAUAUCGCGGGCCAUCGCCUUCGCAGUGCUGAACAACACCAAGGCCUGUGAUGGGGACGACGGGACGGACGCCACGAGGUGCGGCGGGCUGCUGGCCAAGCUGGUGACGGCGAUCGUGGGUGCGGUGCACCCGCGCGGAGCGCUGGGAAGCUGCAGGGAUGCGCUCUUCCCCGUCUACAAUGGCAGCGCCAUCACAGUCGAUGAAUCUGUGGUGUGCACGGAAGAUAUCCCGGAGGAACUGAUGGUUGACCCAGAGGCCCUUAAGGCCGUUUUACAGGACAGGUCUUUGCUUGAGAUGGUUCGAACACGGGAUGCAAGAAAGGACCUACCACGUCGCCGAGCCUUGCUGGCCCAUGCCGGCAGCCCUGCUGCCCACCGAUCCCUGCAGUGUGCCGACUGCAUCAACCCCGAGAGUUAUGUGUGCGCAUACUGCUGGGAGCCGGACAUGUGCAGCAUCUUCGACUGGUGCAGCGCUCUGGGAGGCCCCCGGGGCAUGGGCCUGUCAAACAGCCCGAAUCCAAACCCUCCCCCACAGACAGGGGCGCCUGGCAGGCCGCCAAUGGUCGGUGCGCCUCCCACUGUGGGAGCACCCCCUGGUGGCAGAUGA